AUAUAUGGCAGUGCUGUACAGUUACUACGGUAACGGGGUGCCCGUUGUGGCGUGUGCUGUUGCAGCGUCUGGGGUGUCGUGAUGGCUGCAUUGGAUGUGCAGAAAAUGGAGAUGCCGGAGGAGAUGACUGAGGAGAAGCUGGCCUCGCUGCCGCCCGAGCUGCUCAUCAAGCACCCGCUGCAGAACUCGUGGACGCUCUGGUACUACGAGAACGACAAGUCGCGCUCCUGGGAGCAGAACCAAGUGGAGAUCAUCACCGUCACCAGCGUCGAGGACUUCUGGUCCACGUAUAAUUACAUCGAGACGGCGUCCAACCUGAAGCACGGCACCGACUACUCGCUGUUCAAGCAGGGCAUCAAGCCGAUGUGGGAGGACCAGCGGAACAGGAGCGGCGGCCGCUGGCUCAUCUCGCUCGACCGCGGCGACAAGCAGCGCCGGGAGAGGCUCGACGUCUACUGGCUCGAUGUGAUGCUGCUGAUGAUCGGCGAGGGCUUCGGCGACGCCGGCGAGACGGUGUGCGGCGCCGUCGUCAACAUCCGCAACAAGGGCGACAAGAUCGCCAUCUGGACCGGCGACGCCAAGAAGGCGGAGGAGGUCAUUCGGAUCGGCCAACGGCUGAAGGAGGUGCUCAACAUCAACCCUAAGAUCACCAUCGGCUACCAGGCGCACUCGGACACGAUGGUCAAGUCGGGCUCGAUCGCCAAGAACCGCUACACGGUGUAGCCGGGCGGCCGCGGCCCGCCCCGCGCCCGCCGACCGCCGGCCGCCCGCCGUCGCCGCCGCCUGAC